GUGGUGAUGCCGGUGCCGGUGCUGCUGCCACUACUGUUAGUAGCGCUGAUCGUAGAACGGUGGUGGUGUUCCUGUGUGUGUUGGUAGUGGUGGUGGAUGCCCCUCAGUGUCCGGCGCGCCUCCGACAAGCGUGCUUCGCUCGUUACGGAGAUCCUGCGGCGUUUCGUCCUCCUUCGUCGAUGCUAGUCUAUCCGUGUCCUCGCGAAAUCAAGUGGACCGAAGUCGGGAAAGGUCGUAAGCGACGAAAACCGGGAAGGAUCAAGGAUCUGUAGAAAAUAUCUCAGAACGGCUGGAGUCACUCGAAUGUUCAUACGGAUUUUCGAGAUUUUUCAAAAACCGUUUUCGAAGAAACAACGAUACCAACGAUAAUACCAGCACAAAAAAACAACAGCAAUAACAGCAAGAGCGAAAGUUUUUUUCUCCUUAAUUUUCAUAUAAAGAAAAAAGGAGAUGCGAUUGGAUUCAUCGUUCGAGAGCAUAUUAGAGCUCCUCGCCGGCUCAUCGAAAAUUUUUCGAAGGGACGCACUACGACGGACAAUAACGACGACGACGACGACGACGACGACGACGACGACGACGACGUGCUAUCGCGAGGGAUAAGAACACAAGAGAGGCGCGAUAGAUCGUCGCGACGCCUUCUUUAGACGAGAGAUCUUGAGUCGGCUGAUGUCGUCGGAUAUUCUUGCUUGUUGGGCCGCGCCAAACUUUUAAAUGGUGCACUUCUCCGAAGGGCUUAGUCGUAGUGAAGCAUUAGGUACGCAUAGAAAGUGUCCAAGAAAGUCGCGGAGACCUUAGAACGCAAAACUUUUGUUUACUUUCGUGUUUAGUAGAGAUAAAGAGAGUGAGAGAGAGAGAGAGAGAGAGAGAGAGAGAGAGAGGAGAGAGCGAGAGAGGGAGAGAGAGAGAGAGAGAGAGAGAGAAUCGACCAGGAUCAGUAAAAAAAAAGCGACCAUAGUAUGCGAAGAACGACAAGUGUCCUUGACUUGGAAGAAUAAGAUUAUUACGAUUCUUUAAGGAAGAGAAAGUAGAAUAAGAAGACUGAAAAAGAUCAAGAUCGAUAUUCAGCAGGUUGGUGGAGAUUCGGCGAAUCGUAAAGAGGUGGGAUCGCGAAGCUCGAUCGUGCGUGUGCCUUGCGUGUAUUCGAAGGGAGCGCGAAUGGCCGAGAAAACGAGCAGGGUGUACCCGAUUACGGCGGUCCAGCGUGACGGUCAGAUCGAUCCCGAAGCACCGGCACCGGAUCGUUGGUAAUGGGGGGUUUAGGCGAGGAUGCCUUCUUCUCGUCGUCGUCAUCGUCAUCGUCGUCGUCGUCACCGUCGUUGCACGCUGUCGUCGCGUUAUCGUCGCGUCCGCGUUUUUGUCGUCGUCGCCGUCGUCAUCGCAGUCUCGCCUCGCAGCUGUCUAAGCCAAGGAAAGCUCUCACCGCGGAUAGGCACCUUCUGGGAUCCUUUCUCCUUACGGUCUUCGUCCUUCUUUUCCGUAGCAGCGAGAAAAAGAAGACUGCUAAGACGGAGACAAAGAGGAUCGGUAGCAUCGAUAGUAGCGAUAGUAGCGAAAGCGGGACCGUUCGUAGUCAUAGAAUCUUCGCCUCGGAGAGAAAAAAGAAGGAAGGAGAUAAGUUGCUCCUUGGAUCGGCCGCUCGAGAGGGAGAGGAAAAGAGAGGAAAGUGGAGGAGGUGGUGGGGGAGGAGGAGGUGACUCGCCGCCGAGAUGCACCAGGUGCCGUACGGAGUGGGACUCACCUCGAACGAAGGUCGAAUCGCCAAGUUCGGAGAGGAGAGCCAAUGUUGCCGGCGAUGGCACCAUCACCAACAACGGCAACGGCAACGGCAUCAACAACAAUACCAACAUCGGCAACAGCAACAACAACGAUCUCGUUGCCGGCCUCGUCAACGGGACAAAGGUGACAACGCCGACGUUUGCGAACGACCGAGUCGAGUCUUCGAGUAUACCGAAAGAAGAGACGAAAGUACACGACGCCUACACGUGCGAUCGCCUAAACUGUUCUCCGGAUACGGAGGCGGACUCCUGAUACCUUCCAAUUUGCUUAUUAUCGGACUGUUCCUCUGUUACCUGACCUUACCACCCGUCCAACCGAGACAGAACCAUCAUCAGACCUGUCCUGGCUGUCCUCAUCAGCAGCAGCAACAUCAGCACCUUCACGAGAUCCAUCGAGGUGGCAGCAAGCAUGGAACUGCGCCGAGUCCCGAUGACCUCAGAUUGGAAGCUAUCAAACAUCAGAUAUUAACGAAAUUGGGAUUAAGGACACGGCCCGACGUGAACAGGACCUUGGCUGCUGUCCCGAGACACCUCGCUUUGGAGACUCUAUACAGAGCCGAAGCUCAAGCAUCGCCGCAGUAUCCAGAGAGAACGCGGAACGAUCACGGAGCUGAAUACUCCGGUGAAUUUCUUUACGGUGGCGACGAGUAUUCUUACAAGAAUCUCGAUCAGCAAAACGAGGAGACGACAACGGAUGGUAAUUCCAAGACCACCACGCCCUAUCAGGGAUACGGGGAUUACGACACUAGGCCGGGAUACGAACCUCAGGAGGAGAUGGAUGAUUUUUACGCGAGAACAUCGGAGAUUAUCACUUUUGCCGAACCCGGGCGUACGCUAAACGGACAACCAUUACUGGAAUUUCCAAUGUCCAGCGGCGAACCGGCAUUAGAACCUCUCAGGAUCAAACGGGCAACCCUUUGGACACGAGUAGAAUUCAGACAAGCCCAUCACUAUCAACAUCAUCGUCAGGGUCAAAGCAAUCAAAGGAACAUCACUCUCUGGGUAUUUAGGGUGCGUUGCGGCAACACAACGCAUUUGCGCGGCAAGGAACUCGGAGAGCAUCUCGAAAUGGUGACGUUCCUAGGCGUAAACGUUGGUCAAUUGGGCUGGCAGAAGUUCGACGUAACAAAGGUCGUCAGCAAUUGGUACACAGCGAACACGAAUUCACCGAGGGAUAAACUGACGCUCUUGGUGGAUUGCACAGGAUGCGGCACGCACGUUCACGUGUCGACCUUUGGCGGACACUCACCGCACGUGAUCGAGUCCUCGUUAAAUCCAAAAGGUGCUCAAGAUCCAGAUAGGCCUUUCCUCGUUGUACGUACGGAUCCCGCAGCUGUGAAACGCGUAAGAAGACGAGCGAUCGAAUGCAGCGGCGCGAUAAAGGGCCAAUGCUGCAAACAGAGAUUCUACGUGAGCUUUUCUCAGCUCGGAUGGGAUGAUUGGAUAAUCGCUCCUCAAGGAUAUUACGCGAAUUACUGCAGAGGCGACUGCGCGGCGGGUCACAGAACGCCGGACACGUUCCUAAACUAUUACACGCACGUGAUCGAAGAGUACAGGAAGAUGGAUCGGCUCGCCGGUAUGCAACCGUGUUGUGCACCCCUCAAGUUUUCGCCGAUGUCGUUAAUAUACUAUGGACCAGACUCAAACAUCAUCAAGAGGGAUCUCCCAAAGAUGGUGGUCGACGAGUGUGGCUGCCCUUAAUUCGAAUCUCCGAUUUAAGAAAGAAGGAAGAAAAGAAAGGAAUAAUAAAAAACAAAGAAAGAAAUCGGCACCUCCCCUGCGAAAGAUCCUCCUCCUGCUCUUUAUCGCGAUUUAUUCGGGAGCCUUCAACCACGAGGGAUUUUGUUUGGAACUUCCUACGUUCUCCGUUUUCAACCAUCGAGAUUCCUCGAAAAAUUUUCGAGAAGAAUCGAGAGGAAUCGAAACGAGCGAGCGCGAUCGAGAUUUCGCCGAAGUCAAUAAAAUUGUUCUCGAAAAUGCGAUCGUGCUCGCUAUUACAGAGCAUAAUGAAGAGCGAGGAGGAGUGAAAAUGAGAGAAAGGAGAAGUUAGAGGAGGACGGAACGAAACGAAAUGGAACAGAAUGAAAUGAAAUAAAAAAAAAAAAAAAAAAUAGACAAAAAAACGAAUACCUCCUCGGUCGGUCUCUCGGGUGUGUCCGCCAUUUUUGAGGUAUAAUAUAUUAUAAAUAAUAUACAUACAUAUAUACAGACGAUACCUAUACAUAAGCGAAUACACGUGACAGACGAAUACAUACAGAUAUAUUAUGUAUAUAUAUAUGUAUAUAUAUAUAUAUAUAUAUAUAUAUAUAUAUAAACGUACCUUACACUUACACUUACAUACACGCAACCGAUUCGUUUCCUGGUGAUUUAAUCGUACCGGAAACGAAGUCACCGCGUGCGAAUUCUUAUGGUGAGCUUAAUCAUUUCUAUUAGUUGCGAUAAAACGGUGGUAAAGGGUUUAAAUAAAAUAUUUCUGACUUUUGCCCCCGCAUUUCGCGCAUCUACGCGACUCCGCAUACGCGCACACGCCAUACACAUGUACACGUACACGUAUACACGGAAAGCACAGAUAUACAUGCGCGCGCGCGUUAAAUUAUGCGAGGUGAUUCAAAACCGAGUAUAAGUAUUUAAAGAUAUAACAAAUAAAAAAAAAAAAGAACGAUACGGGCGUAAACUCUAAGUGUAAACAAUACAACUCAAUCUAAUUGCCUUGUUUUUUAUGCGAAACGUAUGAAAGUAUCGAGUAACAAUUUAACAAAGUAAAAAAAUAUUAUUAAAAAUCUAUAUAUAUAUAUAUAUUAUAAAUACUAUAUAUAUAAAUAUAAUUGAACGCGCGUAAAACGAUAAACUUAGCAAGUCAAGGGCGGGGAGGCGGGGUUUUCUGGAAGGACCGAAUUGGGAAGGGAAACGUUUAUUAAGAGUUCAAAAAGGCUAAGGAAGCAAAAUUAUUAUUCUUAUUACUACUAUUAUUAUUAUUAUUUUCAUUAUUAUUAUAUCAUUAAUAUUAUCGUUUUAGUUCUUUUUGUCAGUUUUUUAUUUCUCUCGUCAUUGUUAUUGUUGUUGUUGUUGUUGUUGUUGUUGUUCUUGUUGUUGUUGUUAUUUUUAUUUUUAUUAUUACUAUUAUUAUAAUUAUUAUCAUUAUCAUUAUUAUUACCAUCAUUAUUAUUAUAUCAUUAUAUGUCAUUAUUGCUUUCAUGAUUAUUAUUAUUAUUGCCGUAAAUCUUAUUUAAUUACAAUGAUACCUCGGACAUUAGAUCGCAACGAGUACGAGUUUCGAAAAAUAUUUUUGCUAAUCGAUAUGUUAUAAUUUACGUAGCAUGAACGUAACAAUUUCAAAGAAAGAAGAGAUUUAAUGAGAAAAAAGAUCAGAAAUGUUUUUUAAAUUCUCUUUUUCUUCGUUUUUUUUCCUUUUUCUUUAUGAAACGACAUUCAAUUGUCUAUAAACGAAUGCACGUUGAUACCUUAGCCUUAUUAAACAAGAAAACGAAAAAAGUAGCGCGUACCAAAUGUUUCUUCCGAUUUCGCGAGAAGGAGAAAGACGCGUGAUAUUGACCGGAUACAACGCUCGCAGAAUUUUUCUCAUCUAAAACGCGAUAUAAGAGAACUCGAAAAGGAAAAAAAUAGGAAAAAUAGAAAAAGUGAAAAAUAUGAAAAGGAUGAACCUACACACUAACAUACACGGAGUAAACAACGCUACAUAUACACACAUACACAUACACCACAUUCAUUUAUAUAUACUUACAUAUAUACGCGUAAGGGGCAUUUCGUGAGAGAUUGUAUUAACUUAACAAGAGAAAUCGAGAGAGAAGAAAAGAGAGAAAGCGCGAGCGAUAAAUAGGAAUAGGUAGAUAGAAAAGAGAGAGAGAGAGAGAGAGAGAGAGAGAGAGAGAGAGAAAGAGAGAGAGAAAAGAAAGUUGUCUAGGGAAAUAUAUAAGACAAAAAAAAUAAUUAAAAACCGCGCAGAUUUACA